AUGCCUAAGCAGAUCCAUGAGAUUAAGGAUUUCCUUCUGACAGCGCGGAGGAAGGAUGCGAGGUCGGUGAAAAUCAAGAGGAGUAGGGAUGUUGUUAAGUUCAAGGUCCGAUGCUCCAAGUAUCUGUACACGCUUUGUGUCUUUGACCCUGAGAAAGCCGAUAAAUUGAAGCAAUCUCUUCCUCCCGGUUUGAGUGUUCAAGACCUGUAA